AUGUAUAAAUUGAAUGAUUAACUUUAAGGAUGGGAUAUAGAAUAAUCAAUAGAUUCUGAUGAAGGUGAUAAAAAAGAAAUCAAUUAAUUUCCUAGCAUUACAAAAACUUAACCUUCAGAUAGGUUAUGUUUAAAGAAAUUAUUCUUAAAAAGUCCCCAACUUUCACCAUUAAGAUCAAAUCCUCCAAAUCAUUAAACAACUCCACUACGUGAAUCAAUAUAAUAAAAAUUUGUUUUCGCCAAUUAGUUUAUAAAUAAGAAAUAAGAGAUAAACAAGGUAUGUGAAGAGUAAUCUCAUAAAGUAAUGAAUGUUAAUGCAAAAGUGCAAUAACCAAUAAAUAUUGCGAAUUUACGUAUAAAAUUGAAUGGAAUCCCUAAAUAACCAUAACAUAUAAAAGCAUAUACUUAGAAUCAAUUAUAAGCAAUAUUACAUUUGAAACGUAGAAAUUUAUAUUUAAGAUCAGUAUUAAAAAAGGUAUGUUACUUAAAAUAUCAAAGGUUUGUCAUGAGAGUGAUGAACGAUAUUCAAAUCAUCAAAAAUAAGAGAUAUUUCUAGGUUAUAGAUAUGUAGAUGAAGAUAUGUAGAAAUAACAGAGUUAGAACAAUAGUAUGAAUCUCUAGUAUAUGUUUGGAAUAUUAUAGAUUGCAAUCACGUAAGAAUAGUAACAUUAGACAUAUAAAGAUGAAGCAGUAAUUAUGA